AUGCCUUUCCCUCCACACGACCUCACUGCACCAUUCAACUUCGCUAAGGAAGAGGAAAAGGUCUUGGAAUACUGGAGAGAGAUAGAUGCGUUUCAGACAAGCUUGAAGCUUUCGGAGGGACGACCGGAAUACUCUUUCUACGAUGGACCACCAUUUGCAACUGGUCUGCCGCACUAUGGCCAUCUUCUCGCUGGGACAAUCAAGGACAUCGUUACACGACACGCACAUGCGUCCGGCUUUCAUGUCACUCGCCGCUUCGGUUGGGAUACACACGGUCUGCCCGUUGAGCACGAGAUCGACAAGAAACUCGGUAUCACCGGUCGCGAAGACGUGAUGAAGAUGGGCAUCGCUGCAUACAACGCAGAGUGCCGCUCCAUCGUCAUGCGUUACGCCGGAGAAUGGCGGCGGACGGUCGAGCGCUUGGGUCGUUGGAUCGACUUCGACAAUGAUUACAAGACCCUGAAUACGAGCUUCAUGGAGAGCGUCUGGUGGGCAUUCGGCGAGCUAUACAAGAAGGGUAUGGUAUACAGAGGAUUGAAGGUCAUGCCGUAUUCCACUGGUUGCUUGACGCCAUUGUCCAACUUCGAGGCUGGUCAAAAUUACAAGGAUGUCAGCGAUCCUGCCGUCACUGUGUCGUUCCCACUAGUAGACGACCGCAAGACUUCCCUUCUCGCCUGGACGACUACGCCUUGGACACUCCCCUCGAACCUCGCACUUUGUGUGCACCCGGACUUCACCUACGUCAAGAUCUACGAUGAGGAGCGCGAUCAGAACUUCAUCUUGCACGAGAACCUCCUCACCACCCUCUACAAGGACCCGAAGAAAGCCAAGUUCAAGAAGCUUGGCACGUUCAAGGGCGUGGACAUGAAAGAUUGGAGAUAUGUCCCGCUAUUCGAGUACUUCACUGAACAGUACGAGGACCGCGCGUUCCGCGUCCUCAACGACGCCUACGUCACCAGCGCGGACGGUACUGGUAUCGUCCACCAAGCCCCCGCCUUCGGUGAAGACGACCACCGCAUCGCCCUCGCAAACGGAAUCAUCAGCCCCGAGGAGAUGCCGCCCUGCCCGAUCGACGACUCGGGCCGCUUCACGGAGCAGGUGUCCGACUUCGUCGGCCAGCACGUCAAGGUCGCGGAUAAGGACAUCCAGAAGGUCCUCAAGCAGAAGGGCCGCUUGAUCGUCCAGUCGACGCUCAAGCACUCGUACCCGUUCUGCUGGCGCUCGGGCACACCACUGAUCUACCGUGCUAUCCCGGUGUGGAACGUGCGCGUGACGCCGAUUGUCGAUGAGCUUGUGGCGAACAACAAGCAGACGAGAUGGGUACCGCAAAACGUCGGGGACAAUAGAUUCGGUAACUGGCUUGUGAACGCGCGCGACUGGAACAUCUCACGGAAUCGUUAUUGGGGUACGCCCAUCCCGCUGUGGGCCAGCGAAGACAUGGAGGAGAUCGUGUGCGUUGGCUCGGUAGAGGAACUCGAGAAGCUGUCCGGCGUAAUGGGCAUCACGGAUCUUCACCGGGACAAGAUCGACCAUAUAACCAUCCCGUCAAAACAGGGCAAGGGCCAGCUCAAGCGUAUUGAGGAAGUGUUCGACUGCUGGUUCGAGUCUGGAAGCAUGCCUUACGCGCAGAUCCACUACCCCUUCGAGAACAAGGACAAGUUCCAGAAUACUUUCCCUGCUGACUUCGUCUCGGAAGGUAUCGACCAGACGCGAGGAUGGUUCUAUACGCUGCUGGUGCUGUCGACACAUCUGUUCGGCACUGCGCCCUGGAAGAAUCUCGUUGUGCACGGCCUUGUCCUCGCCGCUGAUGGCAAGAAGAUGAGCAAGAGUCUUAAGAACUACCCCGAUCCAAACAUCAUCAUCGACCAGUACGGUGCUGAUGCUACGCGAAUGUUCCUCGUGAACUCGCCUGUCGUGCGCGGUGACAACCUGCGUUUCCGCGAGGAGGGUGUCCGCGAAGUGAUCUCCCGCGUCCUCCUCCCCUGGCUCAACUCUCAACGCUUCUUCCUCGGCCAAGCCGCGCUGCUCAAGAAGACCUUCGGCCGCGACUUCCGGUACGACGCACAUGCGCCGGUCUCAUCCAACGUCAUGGACUGCUGGAUCCUCGCCCGAUGCCAGUCGCUCAUCAAGCUCGUGCGCGAGGAGAUGGCGGCAUACCGGCUGUACACCAUCCUCCCGCGGUUGCUCGACCUUAUUGACGAGCUGACCAACUGGUACAUUCGGUUCAACCGGAAACGGCUGAAGGGUGAAGACGGAAUGGAGGAUACGGUGGCGGCCCUCAACACCCUUUUCGAGACACUCUUCACGCUUUGCCGCACAAUGUCAUCCUACACUCCCUUCCUGACCGAGAACCUCUACCAAGCAUUACGUCCAUUCAUCCCCGAAGACCCCAACGCAGAAGUCCGCUCUAUUCACUUCCUGGCCUUCCCGGAGGUGAAAGAGGAGUACUUCGACGCGGUGAUCGAGCGACAGGUCAAGCGCAUGCAGUCUGUCAUCGAGCUCACUCGCAACAUCCGCGAGCGGCACAACCUGUCGCUGAAGACUCCUCUCCGCGAGCUGCUGGUCUUCCAUGCAGACCAAGAGUACCUGGAUGACGCGCGGAGCCUCCAACGAUACAUCGAGUCAGAGCUCAACGUCCGGAAUAUCAUCUUCACGUCGGACGAGCAUGUCGCUGGUGUGCGUUACCGCGCAGUCGCGGACUGGGCCAUCCUCGGCAAGAAGCUCCGGAAAGACCUGGGGCGCGUCAAGAACGCGCUCCCCAAUGUCUCAAGCGACGAUGUCCGGUUGUACGUCCAGACGGGCAAGAUUUCUGUGGACGGCAUCGAACUCGUGGAGGGUGAUCUGACGGUGCAGCGCUACAUCGACCUCCCGGAGCCGGUGGAAGGCCAGGCGCAGUACGCGACGCACACCGAUAACGACGUCGUGGUCCGACUCGAUAUUCAAGCACAUGCGGAGCUCCAGAACGAGUGGCUGACGCGUGAGCUCAUCAACCGCAUCCAGAAGAUGCGUAAGCGUGCCGGGCUGCAGGCGACGGACGAUGUCGACGUCUUCUACGCAUUCGAGGAUGGUACUGGAGUGGAGCUGUUGGAGGCGAUGCGGGAGUACGCGGACACCAUCCAGAAGACCGUGAGGAGCGUGCCGGUUGAUGUCAGCAAGAGGAAGCCGACGCAGAAGGUGCUGAUCGAGGAGGAGCAGGAGGUCGCGGAUACCAAGUUUGUGCUGUCGUUGGCAUGGCCUUGA